GCGGCGGCGGCGGCGGCGGCAGUAGCGACCGCGGGCAGACCAGCGGCGGCAGGGCCGGCGGGCGCCGGGGACCGAACUGCACAGCUCAGCAAAAGCGCCCCAGCCCUCGGCGCGCCGCCUCCUGCGAGCCCAGCCGGGCAACAUUUUGUAACCCUCCAAUCCAUCCUUUGGAGAAAAGGGAAAAAAAUAGCAUUGAACGGAGAGAUGGGGAAAUCUAUAUAAUAUAUGUGUACAUAUGCAUAUUUAUGUAUAUGUACACAUAUAUAUAUUAUAUUUGGUUCCUGCUAAAAUUAGCCGGGCUCGCCGAGCGCCUGUGUGCGAGUGUGUGCGAGUGUGUGCGUGCGGGCGUGUGUGUGAAUGUGAUUACUCCAGGACUCCUCGGGCUCCGGAGACGCCAUUUUCCCCCUUGAUAUCUUUCUCCGUAAAUCGGUGGCGCGGCGGAGGCGGCCGCGGCGGGCGGGAAGCGCGGGGCUGGCCGGGGCGCUCGCCGCCGCCUGCGCGCCCGGGGGCCCCGGCGCCCCCCGAGCGAGGGCGGCCCGCCCCGCGCGUCGCCGUUUGACAGAUGCUCGUCGCUAUGGAGUUGCCGCAGCAGCACCUUUGGGGGCUCGGACGAGCGACCGGAGGCGGAAUCUGAGCGAGCGCCCAGGCCAGCGGAGCCGGAGCCGCCGGGACAUGGAUCUGAUCUCUCCUGAGCAUCUCACCACAUCUCCAUUCUUGGGACGUUGAAUCCAGCAGUUGGACUACUUUGUUCUUGGAAUUUUGGGUGUCUUCUCUUUCGACCUUUUCCACUUCCCUUCAUCCCUUCCCCCUCCCAAGAACUCCUGAAGACUGUGGGAUUACCAUGGAGUCCAGGGAAAUUUUAAGCAGCUCCAGGCAAAGAGGGAGCGAGUCAGAAUUCCUUCCAGGCUCCUCAUCCAAGUCCCCAGCCGCCCCUGGCUGUUCAGGAGAGCCCUUGAAAGGCAUCUCCGUGGGUGGAGAACGCAUGGAACCAGAAGAGGAGGAUGAAUUGGGCUCAGGACGAGAUGUGGAUUGCAACUCUAAUGCAGACAGUGAGAAAUGGGUGGCUGGAGAUGGCUUGGAAGAACAGGAGUUCUCCAUCAAAGAGGCCAACUUCACUGAGGGGAGUUUGAAGCUGAAGAUUCAGACCACAAAGCGGGCUAAGAAACCCCCCAAAAACCUGGAGAACUAUAUAUGCCCCCCUGAGAUCAAGAUCACCAUAAAGCAGUCUGGGGACCAGAAGGUGUCCCGUGCUGGGAAAAAUAGCAAAGCUACAAAAGAAGAAGAAAGAAACCACUCCAAAAAGAAGCUCCUCACAGCCAGUGACCUUGCAGCCAGUGACCUCAAAGGAUUUCAGACACAGGCUUAUGAGAGGCCCCAGAAACACUCAACACUUCAUUAUGACUCAGGCCUCUCACAGGGCUUCACCAGUGACACCUUAAAACCAAAGCACCAGCAAAAAAGCAGCAGCCAGAACCACAUGGACUGGUCCACCAACUCUGACAGUGGGCCCACCACUCAGAAUUGCUUCAUCAGUCCAGAGUCUGGCAGAGACAUUGCAAGCACCAGCAAGAUCCCAGCUCUUGAACCCGUGGCUUCCUUUGCAAAGGCCCAGAGCAAGAAAGGCAAUACAGGGAGUCCCUGGAGUCAGUUGUCCAGCAGCAGCAAAGAUCUUCUCUUGGGAAAUGUGGUACCCUCCCCCAGCAACCACAGCUCCCCAGCGCCCACUAGCAACUCAGCUGAGGGCAACGGACUCCAGCCAUUGGGAGAUCAAGAUGGAGGAGGUACCAAGGAGCUCCCAGAACCACCCACUGUAGGUAGCAAGAAGAAGUCCAGUAAAAAAGAUGUGAUCAGUCAGACCAUACCAAACUCAGAUUUGGAUUGGGUCAAAAGUGCCCAGAAAGCAUUUGAAAACACAGAAGGGAAAAGAGAGGGUUACUCUGCAGAUAGUGCUCAAGAGGCUUCACCAAGCAGGCAGAGUAUCAGUUCCGUCAGUAAUCCUGAAAAUGAUUCCAGUCAUGUCCGGAUUACUAUCCCCAUAAAGACACCUUCUCUGGAUCCAACCAACCAUAAGAGGAAAAAGAGGCAGUCCAUUAAAGCCGUGGUGGAAAAAAUCAUCCCAGAGAAAGCACUAGCUUCGGGAAUUGCUAUGAGCAGCGAAGUAGUUAGCAGGAUACUUUCCAACUCAGAGGGAAACAAGAAAGAGCCUCGAGUCCCAAAGUUGGGAAAGAUGAUAGAGAAUGAGCCCCCCUCAGUUGGCCUUGAAACAUGUGGGAAUACUGAGAAAACUGUCCCUGGAGGUGUGUCUAAGCAGAGGAAAGCACCCGUGGUCAUGACAUCACCAACACGCACAGAGCACUCUCCGUCAGGAAAGCUGCCUGAAAUCCAGCACCCCAAAUUUGCUGCAAAAAGGAGGUGUAGCAAAGCAAAACCUCCGGCUAUGCUUCGAGAGGCAGUCUUAGCUACGGCUGAGAAACUGUUGGUGGAGCCGCCAUCUGCUUACCCCAUUACCCCAUCCAGCCCUCUGUACACCAACACGGACAGUCUUACUGUGAUCACACCGGUCAAGAAGAAGCGGGGACGACCAAAGAAACAGCCUUUGCUCACAGUGGAGACAAUUCACGAAGGUACCUCCACUAGCCCAGUUAGUCCCAUCUGCAGAGAGUUUCCUGGCACCAAGAAACGAAAGAGGCGGCGCAAUCUGGCUAAGCUGGCCCAGUUGGUGCCAGGAGAGGACAAACCUAUGAGUGAGAUGAAGUUUCACAAAAAGGUUGGAAAGCUUGGUGUGUUGGAUAAGAAGACCAUCAAAACGAUCAAUAAGAUGAAGACCCUCAAGAGAAAAAAUAUUUUAAAUCAGAUCUUGUCCUGUUCCAGCAGCGUGGCCCUCAAGGCCAAAGCUCCCCCGGAGACCAGUCCUGGGGCAGCAUCAUCCAUUGAAAGCAAACUGGGCAAGCAGAUUAACGUCAGCAAGAGAGGAACCAUCUAUAUUGGCAAGAAGAGGGGCAGGAAGCCAAGAACAGAGUUGCCACCCCCAUCCGAAGAACCCAAAACAGCCAUCAAGCACCCCAGGCCUGUUUCCAGCCAGCCGGAUGUUCCAGCCGUGCCUUCCAACUUUCAGUCACUUGUGGCUUCUUCACCAGCAGCCAUACCCCCCCUUUCGACACCGUUAGGUGGGUCCAAUGGCAACCUGAGCCCCGCCAGCACUGAAACCAAUUUUUCAGAAUUGAAAACUAUGCCAAACCUCCAGCCCAUCAGUGCUCUUCCAACCAAAACCCAGAAGGGAAUCCACGGCGGGACCUGGAAGCUGUCUCCACCCAGGCUGAUGGCCAACUCUCCUUCGCACCUUUGCGAGAUCAGCUCGCUGAAGGAGAUAACGUUGUCCCCCGUGAGCGAGUCCCACAGUGAGGAGACCAUCCCGAGCGACAGUGGCAUCGGGACAGACAACAACAGCACCUCGGACCAAGCAGAGAAGAGUUCCGAAUCCCGACGGAGGUACUCUUUCGACUUCUGUGCCCUGGACAACCCGGAGGCCAUCCCCUCUGACACCAGCACAAAGAACAGGCACGGCCACCGGCAGAAGCAUCUCAUUGUGGACACGUUUCUGGCCCACGAAAGCCUCAAGAGGCCAAAGCACAAGAGGAAAAGGAAGAGCCUGCAGAACCGCGACGAUCUCCAGUUUCUGGCUGAGCUGGAAGAGCUCAUCACCAAAUUUCAAGUGUUCAGGAUCUCCCACCGGGGCUACACUUUUUACCAUGAGAACCCAUACCCCAGCAUCUUUAGGAUCAACUUUGAUCACUAUUACCCGGUGCCAUAUAUCCAGUAUGACCCAUUGCUCUAUCUUCGUAGGACUUCAGAUUUGAAGUCAAAGAAGAAGCGUGGUAGGCCUGCAAAAACCAAUGACACCAUGACAAAGGUGCCUUUUUUACAGGGGUUCAGCUACCCUAUUCCCAGUGGAAGUUACUAUGCACCCUAUGGAAUGCCUUACACAUCAAUGCCUAUGAUGAACCUUGGUUACUACGGUCAGUAUCCCGCUCCUCUGUACCUAUCGCACACACUUGGAGCAGCGUCCCCAUUCAUGAGGCCCACAGUGCCACCACCUCAGUUCCACACAAGUUCCCAUGUCAAGAUGUCUGGGGCAACUAAACAUAAAGCCAAGCAUGGAGUACACUUGCAGGGGACUGUAGGCAUGGGCCUCGGUGACAUACAGCCAUCCCUGAACCCUCCCAAGGUGGGCGGGGCCACGCUGUCCAGCAGUAGGCUCCACAAGAGGAAACACAAACACAAGCAUAAGCACAAGGAAGACCGAAUCCUAGGGACCCACGACAAUCUGAGUGGUCUCUUCGCAGGCAAAGCAACAGGCUUCUCCAGCCACCUCCUGAGCGAGCGGCUGAGCAGUGCAGACAAAGAGCUCCCGUUGGUGAGUGAGAAGACCAAGCAUAAGGAGAGACAGAAGCACCAGCAUGGUGACACCGGCCACAAGGUUUCCAAGAACAACUUUGAGGUGGACACCCUGUCAACACUGUCACUUUCUGAUGCCCAGCACUGGACACAGGCUAAGGACAAAGGGGACUUGAGCAGCGAGCCUGUGGACUCGUGUGCUAAACGGUACUCUGGUGGGGACAGUGGCAGCAGCACAAGAUCCGAGAGUCUGGAUGUGUUCAGUGAAAUGAAUCCUUCCGGUGACAAGUGGGACAGUGACGUCAGUGGGGGUAAGAGGCGGAGCUUUGAAGGCUUUGGGACAUACAGGGAAAAGGACAUCCAAGCCUUCAAGAUGAACCGCAAAGAGAGAAGUUCUUAUGAGUCCUCCAUGUCUCCAGGGAUGCCAAGUCCCCACUUAAGAGUGGACCAGACGGCAGCACACAGCAAGAGCGAGGGCUCAGUGUCCACCAUGAUGGCCAGGAAGAAGCCAACCACAGUGGACAGUGUUGCAAUUCCUUCAGGCCCGGUAUUAUCUCUCCUUGCUGCAUCUGCAGCGACGUCAGAUGCAGCCAGUUCCUCCCUGAAGAAGCGAUUCAAAAGGCGGGAGAUCGAAGCCAUCCAGUGCGAGGUGCGGAAGAUGUGCCACUACACCAAGCUUCUGUCCACCAAGAAGAAUCUGGACCACGUGAACAAGAUCCUGAAGGCCAAGCGGCUGCAGAGACAAUCAAAGACUGGCAACAACUUUGUCAAGAAGAGACGAGGCCGGCCUCGGAAGCAGCCCACCCAGUUCGAUGAGGACUCCAGAGACCAAAUGCCGGUGCUGGAAAAGUGCAUCGACCUACCCAGCAAGAGAGGCCAGAAGCCUAGCCUGAGCCCGCUUGCCCUGGAGCCGGCCGCCGCCGGCCAGGACGCGGUGAUGGCCACCAUCGAGGCUGUUAUCCACAUGGCGAGGGAGGCCCCGCCGCUGCCCCCGCCGCCGCCCCCACCUCUGCCGCCGCCCCCACCUCCACCCCCACCACCCCCACCGCUGCCCAAGACGGCGCGGGGCGGGAAGAGGAAACACAGACCGCCGCCCCCAGCGCAGCCCGCGCAGCCCCCGCCACAGCCCCUUCCCCAGGAAGAGGAGGUAAAGGCCAAGAGGCCAAGGAAGUCGCGAGCCAGCGAGAGCGAUGUCCUUCCCUAGGGCUGGCCUGGGCUGCUGCGGGAUCCUGGCAGGGACUGAUGCAGGGGAGCUCAGCAGCCAGGGUGGGGCCGAUGCCCCACCACAGGGACACCCCGCCCCUCUCUUCAGUGGGCAGGCAGAAUGGGCAGAGGGCGGGGUGGAGCCAUGAGAGCUCUUGGGGUAGCAGAGAGAGGGGACACCUCCCCCCCCCCCAAAAAAAAGCAGCUGUCUGUGCUGCACAACAUUUCCCACCCCAGAGCCACUCCGCGUGGCCGGAUCCUCACAGGCUGCAGAAAAGGGAGGAGGAGCGCAAAGCUGGUGCUCUCCGAUGGCCACCUGACCCCCGGCCCCCACCUCAUCCCAGGUGCGCCCUUGGUUCCGAUUUCAUUCGCUGGUCAGAAAAAUCAAGUGGGAAACACCCUCCAUUAGCAAACAUUCCAAGGGGGAGCAAAGCUGCAAAUUUACCAGCUGGCUUGUAAGCCACUCCCACGUAAUUGAUUUUUAUUUCUUUUGGUUCGCAAACUCAGCUAGGCUUUGGGGCACCAACAUCUUCUUCCAGUGACCCGAGAGAUGAAUCUUUCCGUUAACAACACAGUUGCUCAGAUGGAAUCUUGUGAUCAGAAGGUGGAAUUGGACUGAUAGACGACCUUAGAUCUGCGCGUGUUCCUGUCUUGUACACUGAUUUUGUAUUGUCUGUUCCUGCUUUUCCUUUGCGAUGUGUUUUCAUGUACUCCCGUUAACUAGCUGCCUUCUAUUUCGUGGUACACAUCUAAACAAUGUGAACUUUACCCGUGUUGUAAAGUGCACUCCUGGCACCCUGCCUCAAGGAACCAACUUUGAAUCCCAAUCAUUGUGAAACACACUCAAUAUUGAUACAAGUUUUUUUAAUAAGUGACUCGGAGCAGCCAAGGGAGAUGUUGACCCAAGUGUCAGCCAGGUUAUUUUUAUACUUAAAACAUAUCAGUGGAGAAUAGGCAGGAUAAAAUGGUUUUAAUACCCCACAGCAAGUGGAAUAACUGAUAUGUCACCAAAUAUCAAAAUCCCAUGUCCACCAGAAAGAAAACCGUCUAGCAAUGCCUUGGUACCUGAUUAUUUUCAUGCAAAGAGAUGUCAUAGGUUGUUGAAAAAGAAAGAAAGAAGGAAAGCAAGAAAGGAAAGAAAGAAAGAAAGAAAGAAAGAAAGAAAGAAAGAAAGAAAGAAAGAAAGAAAGACGUCCAUUAUCUCUUAAUAAUUAUUUCUUAAAAGUGAAGGGGAGUAAGUGUUCUUAUCUAAGAAAAAUAAAAAUUAAUGUAUUGAAAGGGUGUCACCACUUCAAUUGUAUCAAGCCACCUUGGACAAAGUAUCCAAAUUGUGGUUGCCUUAAUACACUAAAACAUUGCUGUACAUAAUGUAAUUAUAAAUCGAUCAGUCUGCAUGGAUGCAAACUGUGUGUGACAAAUCGUCUUUUAAAUGGUCAAUUUCAAUUGUACAUUUCUCAUCCAAGUUGUGCUCUAGUCACUGGUUUAGUGUGGACAGAUAUUCCGUCUAUCAUCCAUUUCCAACGCCUGAGUAAAACACGUGAGGACUCAGAAUGGAUGCCAUCUUAUCCCACUGCCCUAGAAGUUUUUAAAAGUCAAAUGUGGAAAUUUCAAAUAAGUACUUUUCAAUUUCCUCCUUUACUCCUCACCCUAGCUUCUUCAAGACAGCAAAUACCUGGCAUCAUAGCUUGUACAAAAAGAAACACAGAGAAUUUCGUUCUCUAAGGAGAAUUAGGAUAUCCAGUUUGCCUUCAAAUUAAGUUUCUUUACAGUAAGUUGGGACCAGCUAAGAAACUACAUUAGCACUUCAGAACACAGUUUCUCCUCCUCAGAGAGAUGGAUUUUUAUGGAGGGGAGGGGCAUAAGUGAACAAGUGGAUAAUACUGAAGGAAAUUUGAAAAUCCCAAGUUAAUAUGCUUGUAAAUAUCACUACUGUGUCAUGACACCAACCAUUGCUUGGAAUUACAGAGCCAUCCUAUUCUGUACUGUCGAAAUGGACUUCAUGUCAUCUGCAGCCUGCUCAGUCAGUCUCAUUUAAUCCUAGCAAUACGUAAGUUUAAAGGACUCCGCUUAUUUCCAGCUUUUAUCCUAAAUACUCAGUUUGUGACCUGGGUGGACCUACGGCAUUUCACAUCAGAAUCUGAACAGCAGAAUCUGAACAGUCAUUUUCAACCUGUCACUCCCGAGCCAUGUCUGAGCAGCUCCAAAGUCACGGGGGAAGGCAUAGAUCAGUCUCUUUCCCCCAACCAUUCCUCUGAAAGACCAGCCAUUCCCAUUCCAAUUAAGCCAUAAAGAAGGUUCUCUUCCUGUUGGACUUCGAAAACCAUUUUUUUCUUUCUUCCUUCAUUCAUUCUUGCUGUGAUGUUGUCCCCCAAACAAGUCUCUGGGCAAUCUAAACCUUCUUACAGAGGAGAGAGAGCCCAGAGAACACCCAGUAUUUAAUUGGCAUUAACCUGCCAUUGGUGAUUUAGUGCAAAAGAAGUUUGGGUUAGAAAUUCCAAACCAAUAAAAAGAUUCCAGGAGAUAUUCAGUGGACCUGCAACUUAACACAUGAAUUGAUCCUGGAGUUAAAUGUGAGUGAAAUGUAAAUCCCUGCUUGCACACUCUAAAAACUGUUUGGAAAACUAGAGGACCAAAGAGAGCCAUGGUAAACAGCAGGUGGAGGGUGGCAGUGAGCCCAUUCAUCUACACAGUGGCUCCCCAUACCCGGUGUCUCCCUCAUUGUCACAUACUUUUUUCUCUCGUCUUUCAUGAACCUAACUCAUCUCAUUGCUACGACUAUUUGUGUAUUCCCUAACUCCCCCCUUACCCUCUCCUUUGCUGCCCAGGCCCCUCCAUGAAGCCAAUUGAAUUUCCAUAUCUAGUUGGUUUUAGAGCCAAGAAGAGAACCCAGCUCUUGAUUUAAAGUAUGGAGGUUCUUAACCACACAGCACUGCCUUCUGGGGAUGCAUUUCUACCUUGAGAGGUGUCAUUUGGGAUCCUCAAGACUCCAUUUACAGAUCCAUAAAAUAUCUUGUAAUGAUCCCUUGCUUUUAAUUUCUCUUUUUCUUCUUUUCUUUUUAGAAUAUUCCUUCAGCAAGUAGGUAGGAAACCACUUACACUCUAAGGAGACCAAUUAGAAAUGAGAAGGUGAAACCUAGAUGCAUAAGCUCCUUGGGGGAGCUGAUCGGUCUUUAAUCCACCUUUCCAAGGGACUAGAAAGCCAUUUGCUUUUCGACCCCUCGUCUCAAAUGAGAGGAACAGAAGCUUAACUCUCUCCAAUAGCCCAGCUGUGGCUACCAGCCAAGGAAGAAAGGUCAGAAAAGGGAAAGCAUGGAGGGUUGCUCUGUGGCUCGGCAGGACCAGGACUCAGCAGUCACUGGCAGCCUAGUGAAGGUGACUAAGGGCUGACAGUAGAUUAGUGUUUUAACUUGACUGCUGUCUGCAGUGGGAGGCCAUGUUCAAUGGCAGUCAGAAUUUGUGUUCUGCACAUUGCUGUAUCUAUAAAUAUGAUAAGCAAGUGGUGACAGAAUUAUAGUAUAAGGUGAUAUAUUAUAAGCAGAUCAUAAAGGAUUUGGUAUUAGGACUUAAGUAGAAAAUCUUACUCCUGGCUUGUUACUCAACAAUAAUCAGAUAAUGAGCUUGUGGAGUGUAUUUUUCCCUAUCACUAGGAAGGUUGACCUGGGAACUGUCUAAAGUCUACACGGAUAUUUCCAAAGCCUUUAAAUGCCAACUGUAGCAUAGUGAGGGAGUGGCAGGAGCCAAAAUGCCUCAAAAGCCAUUUAAGUGUUAUGUCGCAGGAUUUUCAGUCCUACUCAUUAUGUAAAAGUACAUAAAUAUAGAUAUUUUUCUCAACGCUACCCUAUCAUAUCACAAUGGUCCAAAUGCCAGCGCUUACAGAUAAUGUCAUCACAGUGCCUAGAAACUCAAACUGUAACAUACCGUAGCAUCUUCUUGGUGUUUCUUCACGUUUCUUUCCACACAGCAAGGCUCCCUCUGCCUCGUGUUUCUAAGAGAGUUCACCCCACUAAGGAGCCUGUCUUCCCUGUUGGACUCAGUCACUUGGGGAACAGUCACAGAAGCACAUAUCAACCAAGGAAGAGACUUCCUGGAUAUCUGUCUCCCACUUGCCCAGGUAGAAUAAACACUAAAGAGGGAGAAAUUGGAGAGCUGCCAACUGGUCAACUUGGAAGGGUAGUUCUGCCCUGGAUUGGUAUCUUUCUUUUUCUUCCUUUUUUUUUUUUAAAAAAAAAAUCUAUUUCUUAAAUAAUAAUAAAUGCACAUGAUGUGUUAAAUAUGUACAUAUAUAUUUCAAAAAAAUGGGCACAAGAUUGUCUUACAAGUCCUUCUGGCUAAUUUUUAGUUUGUAUUCAUAAGUGGUUUUUAAAAGCCUUUUUUAAAGUGUAAUUUGCAUGUCCUACUUUGAUUGUAUGUAAACAUAUUUUAGAACAAAAAAAAUGUAUUUGUAUUUUAUUGAAUAUAGAGGCAAGAAAAAUUGUACAUUGUUUGAAAUGUUCUUUUUGUAACAGUUUUUAUUCAUAAAGCAUUUUUGUACAUUUCAAUGAACAUGGACUUGCUGUCAUUUGAGGCGUAGCGACAUCUGGCAUGCUUUACUGGCAUGCUCUCACAUGGUCUUAGAUGUUGGGUUUUAAACAUUUUUUUUCUAAAAGAAAGCUCGCUCGGUGUCUUCGCUACCAGAUCAGGUUAGCACAGUACAGAGCACUUAACUAUUAAAAAAAAAAAGUUGGUCCUAUUCAUAUGUUAUUCAUUGUGUGAAAUUAAAGACAUUCAAUUCUGUCUAA